AUGGACCAGCAAGCGACGCUGUCGACGGCGCAAGACGCGCGCCCCAGCCACGAGCUCCAUACGGACGCAGCGGAUUCUCGCGGUUCACGGACGGAUGUGCGCGCGCUGCUGGACGAGAUGCAGCAGCGCGCGUCGUGGGGCGAGAAGGAGCACGAGGCAGAGGAGCGUCGACUGCUGCAGGAGCUCCAGACGUGCGUCGUGGACGCCACGAGUCGCGACGCGCUCGAGAAACUACCCAAGCGCAUGUGUGCGUACGAGUUCAAGCCGGGGGACAUUGCCUGGAACUGCCGCGUGUGUCAGGUGGACGAGACGUGCGUGAUGUGUAACGAUUGCUUUAUCUCGAGUGACCAUGAGAACCACGAGGUGUUUUUCUACUACACGCACAGUGGUGGCUGUUGUGAUUGUGGAGAUACCGAGGCUUGGGCACCCGAAGGCUUUUGCACUCGACAUAGAGGAGCACAAGAUGUGGAUCCGCUGAGGUUUUUGCCGUCGGAUCUACUGCUAAAGUCGCGCGAGUGUAUUGAUGAAGUGAUGCGAUUGGUGCUGGGUGCAAUUAAAGAGGCUAGAUUUGGCUCGAUAAUUGAUGUAGACGACCUGAAGACAGUGCGGGAUGAACUCGAAAAGGACCCGCCGGAAAGACGCUAUUCAGUUAUUGUGCACUAUAACGAGUUGCAGACGUCGCAGGAGUUUGCGACGGCACUGAACAAGGCUCACCCGGCGAUCGCUUACCAGAUGCUUAAAAUUGUUAGCGAAACAUCGUCGCAGAGACAGAGUACUGUGCGGUCGAAGGCAUCUCGCGAGGACGUCCUCGAGCUCGCAGCGUCGUUACACAAGUACCGGAUUGUGACUUCGAUUGUAUCAUGCGAAUACAAAGCGAGGACACCAUUGAUCAACUCGCUGAUCCAAUGGCUUGCUUCGUUAGCAAACCUUUCCGAUGGCUUUUGUCGUCUGAUUUGCGAGAAGAUGUGCGCAGUAGAGAGCCUUAAGCAUGAUGAAAGCAGCAUGGAAGUCGAUGAUGAAAGCGAUUUUUCGAUGCUCCGGGCCGUCAUUAUGGCUGACUCCUUUUUGCCCAAAGCUGGGAGUGAUGCCCUUCAUAGCUUGUUGAUGGCUCUUCUAGCCGACCCUCUUUUCAAGCAAGCGUUCGCAAUCUCAUUCACAUCCUCGUAUCGCCAGCUGUAUCGGGAAUUUGUUGCUGGGGUUGGCAGCUCGACGGCUACGAUUCUAGCGUUCAGCGUGCAGUUUUUCAACCGAGCAACGUUUGUGAAAAAGCUGGUUGCUGAGUAUGAUCUCCUAGAAGUGCUGACGAGCUCUGUGCUUGAAACCUUGCGCAAGAAGGAGAAAACAGAUUUCGUCGACGUUGCAUUCGAUGGUACCUGGGCUAAUUUGGUACACUUGCUGCAUCCAGAUCACAAUCGAGAACUAGAUAUUUGGGAUGUGUUCGCGAUGGGUGUCCAGCGCUCACAAGGACCUACGUUACGUGAUGUCAAUGUGAGCGAACUGGCACUUGAAGCUGAACGCGCAGGAUACCGCGUCAGGCGUCGGAGGGAGGUGUCACCAUUUUUGAGUUUGCCCCCUGAUACAGAAUUCACUGGUCGGUUUGAGCUAGAUGUCACAUCGCCAGUCUUUGUUUGCCGCCGUUAUAUGUCAGGCUUGCUGGAUUUGCGGUAUGUCCUGCAAAUCGAAGGUAUCUCCGAGAGCUUUGUUCUGAAAAAGGGAGGCUUACGUCUAGCUAGGUUUUUGCUAUACCUUGCCUAUAUCCAAGGCGCAUGCUCAGAGACUCGACGUUUUGGAGAUCAUGUCGAGAUGGAAUCGCGCGGGUGGGUUGUGACAGUGGAGUUCGUAUCGACGACUUCUGACGUAUCUUCGUGGGUCGUAUCGAACGCUUUCAAGACGGCUGGUGGGCCUGAUGUAGCACGCUCUCCGGAGACAUCGCGACUCCUGAUUACGAAGCUUGCAAAACCUUUGCUCGAGGCAAUUUACUUUUGGCUUGCAUCAGCUGGCAAGUAUUUUCCACCUCCGGACUAUCAGGUCGGCGAUACUCUUCGUGCAGACCAGCUUGAGACAGCGGUGUCAUGUCACUUUCCUCUCCAGCGCACGCUGUCACAAUUAGUUCGUGUGUUGAGUGAUUCGGCCGACGGCUUGGAUGUAUUUCUUUCCAUGCUGAAAAGCAGUGUAUUGCAAGAUGAUGAAUCCGUGUGGAUUCACGAUGUCACUAGCCCUAUUGGCUUUUGGCAUCGAGUGCAUUUGAUUGAACCUGUACUACAAGCAAUUGUGUGGGAUGCUCAAGUGCACUCGGGGUUGUGGGUGCGCAAUGGAAUGGCAGUAAUUAAUCACAGCAUGAACUACGGUGAACCGCCGUUCUGUGCCCGAUUUCGUGAUCUUGAUUUGUUGUUGCUCCAAUUCAGUUUUCAGCUUUUGGGUGUCGAUUGGGUAAUGACAUCAAUCACAGAGCGCUUUGGCGUUCGAGAAUGGUAUGAAGCAGCACAAAGUAGUGAUGCAAAAGAGGCUGAGCUGAUGAUGACCGAGUGUCUGGCAUUGUUAUCGCAGCUCGCGUCCGAGCUGCCUCCGAAGGUGGCAGGUGGCGAUGCGGUGCGAAGCUUAGUUCCUUAUUUGCGCCGAGAAAUUGUCCAGCGUCUAUGCGUUGGGCCGUGUGCUCACAGUGACCUCUCUAAAAUUGCAAACGAGUUUUUCUUGACGCGCGAGAGCUUGUUUCCGGUCAACUUUUCAGGUGGUCCAAUUCUCGAUCAAAUCCUGAAGGAGGUAUGUGUAGAAGCAGGCUUCUCGGCGUCCUCUGGCACAGGCGAUUCGUCUGCACCAAAUGGUGGUAAAUUUCUCUAUCGAUUGAAGCCGGAGCUGCUCGCAGAGUAUUCCCCAACCUUUGUGCAUCUGACGCGCAAGCAACAUGAAUCAGCACAUGAAAACUGGUUCCAGCACCGCCUCCGCUCGUCCAAGAAACGAGAGCAAGAGCAAGUGGACGGUAGCCCGAAUGACACCCACUCGACUUGGCUUGAUUACCCGAUGGUUAACAUGUUUUUGCCGUGUCCCUUGGGCUUCCGCUUGUCUCGUGUUUCGAUUUUGCAUGACGAUGCGCGUCGGUUAGUUUACGAGUCUUUAUGGCGUGCGACUACUGAUGCUCACGCCUGCCUUAGCGUUCUUUCGAGAACUGUGCACUUGUUCACGCUCCAGCUGUAUGUCGUGGAAGACGUGCAGUACUUUCGAACGAUGGUUUCUGCCUCGGACGCAGAACGUUUUGAACUCGAGCGAGCUUCUCGCAUAGCAAACGACUUUAUUGAGUGGAUUCCGCGGGAGCAAUCUAGAUCAUGCGCCGGCUCGGGGCCGCGUUGCGCUAUUUUGCAUUUGCUGCUAAAGCUAAAUCCAUGGUCAAGCCACGGCGGUAGUGCUAGCAUGACGAAAUUGGACGGCGACCAGAAGCAUGAGAUUGGCCGCGGAAUUGACUGGCUCUUACAUCGGUUGUCCCGCAUCAGUCCUGACUGUCGAAGUGUGGUGGAGCGCCAUCAAGUGACGGAACAAGAGUCGCGCGAUGAAGCUGCACGCAAGUUGGCCUUAGCGCAACGGCGAAAAGAAGCUCAAAUGCGGGCAAUACAGCAAAUGCAACGGCGACAGGCAGCUUUCGCUGAGCAGAUGAAGGUGAUGGCGAACGAAGCGGAACAUGCUGCAACUGGCGACGAUGAGUCCGGCACAGAUGGCGAACGCGAAAAGCACACACCCAGUGCAUCUGAUGGAGCUGGUGACGACAGCGAUAUUGAAAUGAACGCAAGCGAAGACGACAUGAAUGAUGACGCGACGGUGGUGGAAUGUGCUAUGUGUCACUCUGUGAACUCCGAGAACAGCUUUAUGUGCUAUGUUGGAUUUGCGCAGUGCUCGCCUGCGUUUUCUCCGUUGAACGGUAGCUCGCAUGGUCACUUCUUGAGCACACCUAUGGAUGAGAUGCACGUUGGUGAGGAUAUACCCGUCCACGUGCGUUUGUGCGGUCAUUCGGUACACCACAAAUGCUGGGAAUCAUAUCACACUUCCCAGUUUCAACGUGCGAUCACUGGCGGGCACCAUCGGCAUGCAUUGAAUGCUGUCGACGUCACCAAGAAGGAGUUUUUGUGCCCGUUGUGCAAAUCGAUUUCGAACGUGCUGAUUCCAACCACAACGGAGCAAGAGAUCAAACACCUUCCAACCGUACGGCGCAUGGCACCGUCCGACGGGGCAGAAGGAGUAUCACCGGUAGCUGUUUCGCAGUUGGAGAUGGUUCGAUGGCUGAAGCGUGCUAUUGAAAGGAGGGACGAAAAGCGUGAACUGCCAACAGAGAGGCACACACUUUCAAGUUCCGAUGCUGAUGAAUUAACGACCGGUGAUAGUAAAAACGUGAACGUGGAACGUGAGGGGCAAACGUGUGAAUUAGCCUGUAUUUUGUCAGGUCGUGAAGAUCUUGACGAGACGCAGCCGUUGAAGAAGUGGUUAGAGGACGGUCUGUCGUCAGUUUGCAUGGCAAUACACAAGGUGGCGUGCGGUGCAAUGCAGAAGUCUCAACCAGAACGUUACACCACCUCGGGUUGCAAUGCGCUCUUUCACACGUUGCUUUGCUCUUUUCUCCACACGAAUGACUCGGAUCAGUUGCGUGAGUCCCUUUUCCUGGAAGCAAUGCGCUUUCUACCCUUGAUGCUGAAGUAUAUCAAUACACGCUAUGUCACGAAUUCCUUGGUGGCUCCAACCGACAUGCGCACAAAGAUCCUUCACUUGUUGUACUAUGGUGGGUCGGACAUUCUUCCGGAUGGAACCGUGGUGCUCGAGAGUGAACAUCCUACUACGCAGACUCAAACUCGAAAACAGAGUCAGUGGGGCAAGGUGCGAUGGCCACAGAAACCCCUGCUGCUCAAUCACUUGGGCAGCGUGCUGAUGAAGGGUUUGCUGUUCGCAACGAGCGAGGAAGAUGCGAUCUACAUUGCUCGACUCGUGGUACUUGCGCGUCUCGUGCAAACAUUGCUGUGGUAUGCCUUCACACGGAAAGAGCAUUUUACUAAUUUCAUGGCAGACGAUCUCGCGUUCUCGGAGGAAAACGUAGCGCUAUUUACCGCCUGCUUCUCUGAAGAGAGCGCGAAUUCAGGUGGUGCAAAGGAAGAUGUCCGUGUAAAUGGAGAGUGUGCUCUAGGAUAUGACUUGGAGCUGCUUGUGGAUGCACUUGUGAGCAAGUGUGAUGGCGCUUUUGAGGUGGAGCGUAUUGCUGACAGGCGCCAGCUUUUGAAUGUCGUUGCAUGUGAAGUCGUACCUCUUGCCAAGGUGGCCACUUUUAUGAUUAAAUCCUUGACUACGCGGGCUACGUCACGCUAUCGCCACGGGACCACAUCGACAUCGAAGCCAAUAUUUAUUUCAAAAGAGGAUGUUCUUGCUGUCGGAUUUGUGAAGCUGAAUUCUUUGCAGUUUACUGGAACGUCAGAGACCCAAGAACAGGCUGCUCUCGCUCAGCUUGUUAAUGGCUGGGUACACCGAUUCAAGGCAGCCUACGAAGAAAUGAACGACCCCCAUGAUGUUCUCCAGCAGUGGCUCACAACGGCUAACGCUGAUCGCGCUGAACAGCUGACGCUAUCGUCCGUGCUGAGCCGGGACCUGCACACGAUGCACUCGACCAUUUCGGUCUUCAGCUCGGGCUCCAAUCGCACUCGGUAUCUCCGGUCGUUACCACGAGCGUACGUGAAGUUUUACUCGGAACUGGCGAAGCGCAAGUGUCAUUCGUGCAAUCAAUUCCCCGCGCGUCCUGCUGUUUGUCUGCUGUGUGGAAUGCUGCUAUGUGCUGCCAACACAUGUCCAUCGAUCCACUCCGACAAGGGCGGGUACCCUGACGAAGCCAAUCCAGGAGCAUGUACUGUUCACGCUAAGAAGUGUGGACGAGGCAGUGGUGUGUUCCUCCUUGUGCUCGAGGGUGCCGUGCUGCUCGUGUACUGGAAGCUGGCUGCGUAUGUCGGGAGCCUCUACGUGGACGAGUACGGCGAAGAGUUUGGGGAGCGCAAUCGUGAGCUCAGCAAGGGUCGCCCGCUCUACCUCAACGAGGAGCGGCGCGAGCGUCUCUUGCGUCUGUGGCUUCGCCACGAGAUCCCCAACGAAGUUGUCAAGAUUCAAAACAGCUCGGAGCGCGUGAUCCGUAAUAGCCACUACUAG